GUUUAAGGGCAGAACUCCAUUGCCAUGACUUCAUACAGCAGAUGUUGAUGUAGGCAAGGAGUGCUGAACCUCGUUAUCAUGACCUGAUUCGUCUGCUUGCAAGAAUCUCUAAUGCAAAGAAAAUGUUGUUAUCAAGGCACACUCUGACUCAUCUGUCAGCUGUCAAUGAUGUUCAACUGCCUGUUUUCCCCAAUUUGGCACAUUUGACAAUUGAGAUCUGGGGCUUCAGGGGCAGUAGCUGGGUUCUGCACUCUUUGCUCAACUCAGCCUCCAAACUACAAUCUCUUGUCAUUGACUUGGAUGAUACAGGUCUAGCACCGAUGAGAAUGAAGUGGGAGAAUUUAGAAACUGCUUGCACGCCGGAGUGUUUGUUAUCAAGCCUGGAGGAGAUCGAGAUCCUGGAACUCCUCCAAGCAUAUGGAGAAGAGAGGAAAAUGAUAGCACAUUUGCUCAAGGCUGGAGUUGUCCUGAAGAAGGUGAAUAUUCACGCAAGUUAUUCUCACCUAAUGGACGACCCAGAUUUUUUGUCACUACCAAAACUUCCAAGAGGAUCGAGCGCUUGUGCAGUCGAGCUUUUCGUGCCCUAAAGCAAACUGAAGCGACAUGACUGACAGUAAGAAGAACACCCGCGUCGACGACAAAGAGUAGCCUCUCAAUAACAUAUGAUGAAUUGCAUUUUGAUUUCGUUAACCUAAUUCGCUAGGGUAAGGAUUCUUGCGUGCUCUGUUCUGAUUAUACGAGCCAUCUCUUUUGGGAGUAAUGGUAUGGAUGCAUAAUCUACUGAGGCAUUGUUAGAUGCUUUGGUCCAAGACCGAAUGUUUCAAGCUCUUGUUGUCUAGGUUGCUUCAGAAGCUUGAUUUGUUCUAAGCUGAUUAUAAGAACUUAAGAAGUGUCAAUUCAGGCUUUCUCAUGUUUUGUCUUCCAAGAACAUGGAAUGUUCGAUAUCUAUCAAUGAAGGAUUGAUCAACCUGUUUUAUGAAAUUGAGUGGUCCCUUGACUUUUGAGUACGUCCUCAUAUAUCAGGCUCCAACCUAGGUAGUCAUAUGGAAGGGUGUGCAUGGUCUAAUUUGAUCUAGAAAUAGAACGAAUUGACUCUAGAUCGAAUCGAAAAUGAACGGGUAAAAUCUCA